AAAGCAGCAGGAACAACACCGCCAUCAACUCGGGCCUGCUUCUACAAGUCACGGUGGAGCUAGCAGAUCGUACCAUUUGGCUGUGGAUAUGCCAUUGAGCUUACUAGAAGAGAUUACAGAUAAUUUCUCUCAAGAGCGAGUACUUGGCAACAGUGGGUAUGCGGUGGCUUACAAGGGAAUCUACGAGAAUGGACAAGUCAUUGUUGUGAAGAAAUUUAGCUCACCACGAAUUAGUGAUACAAGGUUUGCUCGGGUGAUUCAAUGCCUUAUGAAGGUCCAUCACAAAAAUAUCGUACAAUUCAUUGGCUACUGCGUGGAUACACAAGAAAAUAGGGUACUGUACCAUGGAAGACUUAGAUUAGCUAAUAUUCAAAGUAGGUUACUAUGCUUCGAGUACUUGCCAAAUGGAGCAGUUGACCAGUAUAUUUCAGCAAUAAGCCCUGGACUCGAUUGGCAUGCACGCUACAGAAUAAUUAAGGGCACUUGCGAGGGCUUAAGAUACCUCCACAUGGAACGAGGCCUUGUGCACAAGGAUGUAAGACCUGGCAAUAUAUUGCUGGAUGAGAAUAUGAUGCCAAAAAUAAAUGAUUUUGGUAUGUUAGUGUUUUCAAGUGGGGCCGAUGAACGUGCCAAGGCCGGUGCUACUAAAAUUCGAUCGAUCGCAUAUAUGGCACCAGAAUUCAUUCAUCGCCAAGUAAUCUCUUUCAAAAGUGACAUCUAUAGCCUGGGCGUCCUAAUCAUUGAGAUAAUGACAGGAGAAAAAGUCAAUCUUGACACCGAGCUGGUGAAUGAAGCCUGGAGGAAGAGGCUACAAAAGGCAGUCAAGGGCAUGCUAUUGGAAGGAUAUUGCCAACAAGUGAAGAAAUGCUUGGAAAUAGCUUCCUUGUGCGUACAGCACGACCCGAGAAAAAGGCCCUUCAUGGACAAUAUUGUCAAUAUGCUGAACGAAACAGAAACCUCCAUUCAAGAACUAGCACUGGUUCGCUCUGAACUGCUUGAUGUUCAACCUCUAGAGCUCUGCUUCCUCCCAUUCAUGCCGUCAUUGGAACCAAAAAAGAAUAAGGUCAUGAGUUCCUCUUCUAGCUGCUCCCUGCAGCUAAACAACAAGGGAGACGACCGCGUCGCAUUCAUGCUUGUGGCCAACAGCCCCAAGAGGUACUUGACAAAGAAGCCGCUCUGCGGCGUUGUGCCUCCAAGGUGUGCUUACACCCUUACUCUCACAAUAAUGGCCAGUAAUCAGAAGCAGCCACCCUCAUCUUCAGACAGCAGUGACUUCUUCACACUAUAUAGCGUCAUGUUGGGUGGAUACGACCUCUUGGAUGUGGACAAACAUCACGUCAUCGCCGAGUAUGACAAAUUCUUUAAGAGUAAACAAACGGCUAGUGGUGAUGAGUUGCAAGAGGUAAUGCUAAAGGUUAUUUGUGAUCAACCAGCUGCCGAAUCUGCAGGGGCAUCGUCGCCUGAGUUUCCUUGUUGUCGGGUGAUCAGGCAGCCAACUCAGCCGAAAGUUAAGAUCAUAACCACACCUGAUGCUCAACAAGUAUCAUCCAUAGAUGUGCACCCAAUGGAGAAAUGGAUUAUGACGACGAAUCACGUGGGAAGCCUUCGUGUUUGGAACUACCAAACAAUGACAACGUUGAACUCUUUUGAAUUAGCGAUAUAUGAACCAGUUCAUGCAGCUAAAUUUAUUACACGAGAGAAAUGGCUCAUCGCUGGUGAUGAAAAUGGGUGCAUCCAUGUGUACGAUUACAGCAAACAAGAAGGUGUUGAGAGCUUUGAUGCUCAUGAUAGUAACAUCACAACUUUGGAUGUGCAUCGGACGCAUCCUUUUGUGUUGUCAUCUUCGUCCGAUGAUGACCACAUGAUUAAGCUUUGGGAUUGGAACAAGGGUUGGGAAUGCACUCAAAAAUUCCAGGGGCACACUGAUAGAGUGACACAGCUGAAGUUUAACCCAAAGGACGCCAGUAGUUUCGCCAGUGCUUCCUUAGAUGGCACGGUCAAGGUAUGGAGUAUUUGUUCCGAUGAACCCAAUAACAUCAUGACGUUGGAUGGCCAAGUGGAAAGCCUCCUCUGUGUUGAUUACUUCAUACGCCUUGACCGCCCUCAUCUGAUUGCUGGUUCUAAGCAUAAGACUGCACAGAUAUGGGAUUUGGGGAUAAUGGAAGGAUGUGUUCAUGAGCUAGAAGGGUCUGCAGACCGGAUCACAACCGUCAAUUUGCACCCGGAGCUUCCUAUCUUAAUUACAGGUUCACUUGAUGGAACCGUACGCAUAUGGGACUCCACAACCUACAAGCUUGAGAACAUAAUCGGUUUCAACCUUGGUGCAGUUCAUGCUUUUGGAUGUAUAAACGGCUCGACAAGGAUCGUGGUUGGGUGUCACCAAGGAAUAGCAAUGGUGGAUAUUUCUUUCCCUUCCCUGAGGGACCACACCUCCGAGUACAAAUAUGAACGCAAGAAAAUGGCACGUAAGCGUAGGCUUCGGCACCUACGGUCAAAGGAUUUAGUUGCCAAACUACAUCAUAGCAAGAGGAUUGCCAUAGCCGAGGCCACAAGUCAGAUGUCAUCCAGGAACUUCAUGGACGCCCUCGUGUUCGCCCUCAGAUCUGAUGGUGCGCCCUUUCCGGCAGACGAUAGCUGUGCUGCCUGGUUCGACUAGCCAGACUCUGACUCCCCCCGUUCUCCAUUGACACCGUCUCUGGACUCGCCAACCCCAUGAUCGAUCAGCUCCAAAGAGGGACAUAUAUCAAGACAUUUAUCGGAAAAAAUCACCACGCUUAUAAUCUUAUCUGGGUUUAAGCUUGUGUUGAACUGAAGCUGCAUGCACAUUUGUCUUGGUACUAAGGACGAAUGAGGUAUAUCGAUCCUGAAGCAUGAUGAAUGCUAGUUACUCAAUGUAAUACAUGGGAAUGUAAGAAUAUAAUCCUCAAUGUGCUAUAAGUCAUGAGGUAACCAAAGAUAGUG